AUGCAUGCUUCAGCCGCUUUCAAAAUAUUUGCAGCUCUUUCUAGCUUGCUCGUUGUCUACUACAUCCACUCCAGAAUCUCAGAAAGGGUUUUGAACAACUACCAAUCCAGCGACCCAUGGGUCUCGGAGAAUGAGCUGGUCCUUCUGACAGGAGGCAACGGAGGAAUCGGAAAACAAAUCAUGCAAGACCUUUCCGAAAGGGGCGUUCGUGUCGUGAUUCUCGAUAUACAGCGACCAACAGCAAAGCUUCCGAAAAACGUAAUUUUCUACGAAACAGACAUCACGUCCGCUGCUUCUCUCUCCGAAGUGGCUGCGUCCAUUCGAAAGACGCAAGGAGACCCCACGAUUAUCGUCAAUAAUGCCGGCGUCUUUCACCACGGUAGCAUCCUUGAAAAAUCAGAAAGUGAGCUGCGUCGGACGUUCGAUGUCAAUACGAUCUCGCAUUUUCUGAUCAUGAAGGAAUUCCUGCCUGGUUUGAUUUGCAGGAACAAAGGUCAUGUUAUUACCAUGGCGAGUAUUGCGAGUUUUGUUGCUGUCGGCGAGAUGGUUGAUUACUGCUGUUCCAAAGCCAGCGCUCUCGCUUUUCAUGAGGGCCUUCGGCAGGAAUUGAAGUUUUGGUACGAUGCGCCGAAUGUGCGAACUAGGUUAGUUUCCAACGAUCGGAAGAUGGAAUAUCGUCAGCUCAUAAUUACUAGUAUCGUUCAUCCUCUCUGGGUCAAGACACCUAUGAUCAAGGGUUUUACAGAAUAUCAAGCAGAGUUUGGUCAGGAGCUGAUGAGCCCGAAGGUUGUUUCGCAGGCAGUUUUGGAGCAUAUUUUCGAACGAAAGAGCGGCCAAAUUGUGCUUCCUCGGCACCUAAGGGUCGCCGGAUCUCUGAGAGCCUUUCCGCUGUGGCUGCAAGAGCCUGUCAGAUCAUUCUUUUCUAAGGUCGUGAGACGAGUGAGAGACGUGCGAAUUCCUGGAAAGUCUUAG